AAUAAAUCCAAAUUCAACUUGUCUGUUCUUCUUCCUUGCACCUUUCAAACCCACCCUUAAAUUUUCCUCUUUUCUCCCUUUAAUCAACCAGUUACCUCUCAAAUUCAAACCCUUGAACUGGCUAUUGACUUUCUCUUCAUUAAAUUUUUAAUCUUUGAUCCAAUAAAUCAGUAAAUCUUCCUCUUUUCUGAUUUAACCCACCAACCAUCCCUCAACAUCAAAUCUUUUUGUUCAACAUCUUCAACUGGGUCUCGGUUUAAGUUCUUGUAACUUGUGAAAGGAGGGUUUUUUUUUUUUUUUUUCUUCUUACCGAGCAUUAAGUUUGAUUCAGCAGAUUCUGAUUUUGAUCAGCUAGGAUUUUUGGUGUUUGAAAUAGCCAUGGCUUGCUUGUACAGAAAUGCCAUAAAUUUUAUUGGAGGAUUGAAUGAGACAGCCAGAACACAAGGGGUAAUUGGUUUGUGCAAACCUUCAGUUUUGUCACAACCUAGGGAGUUCAAAUCAACAGGCCUUCAAGUUUCUAGAGUUGAUUUUAUGGGCAAAUCAUUGGAUCAGAUUGAUUCUGGAGAUUGGACUUCCAAAUCACCAAACAAGUUCUACAUUCAUGCACAAACCAAAAUGAUUGUAAGCAGAGCUAUGAAAUGGUGGGACAAGAACCUAAAACCCAACAUGGUGGACAUUCAUUCUGCACAAGAACUUGUUGAUUCUUUGAAAAAUGCUGGUGAUAGAUUGGUUAUAAUUGAUUUCUAUUCACCUGGUUGUGGAGGCUGCAGAGCUCUUCAUCCCAAGACUUGUCAGUUGGCUGAAUCAUACCCAGAUGCAAUUUUUCUAAAAGUUAACUAUGAAGAGCUCAACACCAUGUGUCAUAGUCUGAACAUUCAUGUUCUUCCAUUCUUCAGGUUCUAUAGAGGCGCUGAAGGACGACUAUGCAGCUUUAGCUGCACUAAUGCAACUAUCAAAAAGUUCAAAGAUGCAUUGAGAAAGCAUGGUGCUGAUAGAUGUAGUCUUGGUCCAGCAAAAGGUUUGGAUGAAUCUGAGCUAAUAAAAUUAGCCUCUGUUGGCGAGUUGGUAUCAACUAAUUUACAGAUUCAAUCUACCAAGAAAGAGAUAAUGAAAGAUUUGUUUAUACAAAGCAUAGAUUUGUCACAUGUUUUGACCAGAGCAGGAGAAAACAAGAUGGAGCUUAAAGAAGAUAAUGUUCUUCAAAAUAAGCUAAUUGGGUUUUGAUUAGUAGAUUGAUGGAUCAAAAAGGUGUUUCUGAUCUUGGCUAGUUGUAUAUACCGGCCAGUUAGGUUGCCUCAGGCUUCUCCUUUUUUUGCAUUGAGCCUGCCGAUUUGGUUGAUUUUUUUUUUUUUUUUUGUGUUGUCAUUGUUGUCGUGGAAGUAAAAUUGGUUGAUCUUGUUAAUCUCUUCAAUUCUCUUGUCUAAUAUUCCCAUUAGAUUCAGUAAGAUUCUUGAUUUUCUUGGGCAGUAAUUGAAGAAUGGUUUGCUAGUUUGUUUUUGUUCUUCUUCCUUUUUUUUUUUUUUUUUGGUUUUUUCAGAGAAGUAAAGUUGGUAGAUCUUGAU